AUGAACAGGUAUCAUCUCGUAGCUCACCUUGUAACCGUGCCUAUUCUCAGUAUCGCUUUUUGUGCUCGUCGCGUCACCAAAACCCCCUCCACUAACUCACCGCGUCGUGUAACUCCCCCUCCUCGUGCCAACUGUCCCCGCCGGGUCAUCUGCGCGUCAUCUGCGCUUCCCCUCCCCUCCUCCCCAACUCAUGACGAGCGGGAGAUUGAGAUAGGCGCGCCAACCGGCGUGAGCCACGUGACGCACGUCACCUUCGACCGCUUCCAGGGCUUCCUCGGCCUCCCGGAUGACUUUCACGGCGAGCUGCCGGCACGAGCCCCCAGCGCCAGUCGGACUGUCUUUGGGGUGCGACCGGAGACACUGCAGUGUUCGCACGACUUGGAGGGCAACCAGGUGCCGGACAUUCUGCUGCAGCUGCAGGCGAUGCUCUACGGCAAGAACGGGCUGCAGACGGAGGGCAUAUUCCGAGUGGCAGCGCAGAACGACCAUGAGGACUGGAUCCGAGAGCAGGUCAACCUGGGUCUGGUGCCGCGCAACAUCGACGUGCAUGCCAUCGCAGGCCUCAUCAAGGCGUGGUUUAGGGAGUUACCAGAGGGUCUACUGGACCGCUUGAAGCCAGAGAAGGUGGCAGCAGCGGAGAGGGAGGAGCAGAUGCUGGCACUCGUGGCCACACUGCCCGCCCUGCAGGCUGGCAUGCUGGACUGGGCGGUGGGGCUCAUGGCGGACGUGGUGCAGCACGAGGCGAGCAACAAGAUGAACGCGCAUAACAUCGCUGUGGUGUUCGCUCCAAAUAUGACGCAGGUGGGGUUUCAGGUAGCCCAGGUGGGUUGGCCAGAUGGCCCAGAUCAUGGACCUCCUCAGAGCGCUUCACACUUGCCCCUUCCUCUCCUCUCCCCAACCAAUCCCUCUCCCUCCCCCCACUGGCCCCCUGCUCUCCCCCCACUGCCCCCCUGCUCUCCCCCCACUGGCCCCCUGCUCUCCCCCCACUGGCCCCCUGCUCUCCCCCCACUGGCCCCCUGCUCUCCCCCCAAUGGCCCCCUGCUCUCCCCCCAAUGGCCCCCUGCUCUCCCCCCACUGGCCCCCUGCUCUCCCCCCACUGGCCCCCUGCUCUCCCCCCACUGGCCCCCGGCUCUGCCCCAGAUCGUGGACCCGCUAAUCGGCUUCCAGCAUGUCAUCAAGCUCAUGGACCUGCUCAGAGCGCUCGUGCAACGCAAGCUCAAGCAGCGCCUCGACAACCCCCCUCUGUCCGCCGCUCCUCUCACGGACCAACCAGCACAGGACGGGGCAGAGAGGGGGGAGAGGGAGGAGGAAGGGGAGGAGGAGGAGGAGGAGGAGGGACAGGAGCGGCACGGUUCAGGCAGAUAUGGUGGCUUUCUCGGGAAUGGUGUGCAUGAAGAGAGCACAGGUCAUGAGGAGGAAAGGGAGGAAGAUGAUGAGAGGGGGGGAGAGCCGUUAUUGGAUGAGUGCACAACACCUCUGGCAGGAGAUGACCCUCACACGCCCAUUGCCAGACCUCUUGUUCCCGAACCUCUCCUUGCCGAGCCUCUCAUUCCCGGACCUCAUGGCGAGCGUCCGAGUGAGGAGGUACAGGGGUCAACUUGGAUCGUUGAUAAUAGGCUUGAGGGGGACAGUGCAUGUGAUCGGCAAGAGGGGAGCAGCGGCAGCGAGGGGGAGGCAGUGGUGUGUCAUGGGUGGGACAUGAUGCCAGCUGUAACGGGCAAUUCGCUUCCGGUUUCAACCAGUGCUGGCGAUUCCGCACACCAACGGCAGCAGCAGCAGCAGCAGCAGCAGCAGCAGCCGUUUAAGCCGGCGUGGAAGCAGCGCGGUGCAGAGCGGUGCAGCACGUUGAGCAUGGAGUGCGGGCUGAGCAUGGAUGGUAGCAGCAUGUUCAGUCCACACGGGGGCAUGCUGAGUCCCUGUGAGAGCAUAGACAGCCCGGGGGGAGUCCUUGCCACACCCGUGGGUCUCACAGGGGCAGCUGCAGCUGCUGCUGCUGCUGCUUCUGACCCUGCCUUGUUCCUGAGGUUCCGCAGCGAUUCGCGGGAACAGCAGCAGGGGUUUCUCACUCAGGCGCCUCAGCAGGCGAUCCUGCCUGCUGCGCCCCCCGUUGGAGGGACUGUUGGCCUCUACGCACGGGCGCAUGCAGCUGCUGCUGCUGCUGCUGCUGCUUCUUCCCCUGCUUCCUCCCCUGCUGCUGCGCUUGGGUUGGCAUCCUCCUCAGCAGCAGGCAGUGCAGCCUCCUCUCCCACGGUAGCAAGCCCUGCACUGAGCCCCGCGGCCUUCUCUCCCACUACCGGCACCCCCAGCCCGGCAGGAGAGAGGCGGCACGGGGGGCACAAGGGAGGGUUCAAGGGCGACCUGUGGUCCAGACGAAAAGGGCCUGCAGUGCCCCACUCCCGCCUCUCCCUCCCUGCUGCCUCCUCCCCCUCUGCUGCUGCUGCUGCUUGUGCCAACGAUGGUGCUUACCCGGCUAAUGCCAGUGCCUCUCGCACUGCCAGCAACAGCAGUGCUGGCAGCGAUGCUGCUGCUAGAGUUGCCACCAGCAGCAGCGGUGACCUGACACCCACCCCUCCCGCCAGCACUGGUGGCUUCACACCCACCCAUCCCUUGACUCCCACGCCUCCCUCCCGUCCGCUCAAGGACCCCUCCGCCCACUCCCCAUCCCCCCUGCGCUCCCCUCUGCUGGGACGGAGACGAGGGUACAAAGAGAAGAAGCACUCUCCGGGUAGCAAGCAGCAGCAGCAGCAGCAGCAGCACGCAGUGCUGGCGUCGGCACCAUCAGCUGGGGCAGCAGGUGAGUGUGCCCCAGCGUUGACCCCCCGGUCAGGGUUUGGUGCUGUGCCCCCAGGCACGCCCCCUUCAGAGGCCGCUCAGAACCCUGCUGUGACUCCCCGCUCGUUCCUCUCCCGGCAGUUCCCAGGAGGGUCGGGCUUUGGUGCGGUCCCAGGCACGCCUCCCCCCCACUCGCCCCGCCUAUUCCCCCUGUCGCCGCGGAACUUCUUCAGAAAACACAAGUCGGAGGGGGGAGCGGAGAGGAGAGACGGGGGAGAGCGGGUUGAGGCGGGAGAGGGAGGAGAAGGGAGAGAAGGGAGAGAGGGAAGAGAAGGGAGAGAGGGGAGAGAAGGGAGAGAGGGGAGAGAAGGGAGAGAGGGGAGAGAAGGCACGGAAGGGAGAGAAGGGAGGGAGGGGUGUGAGCAUCAACUGCAACACUCUAGGCUGAUGGUGGUAGAAGGGGGGGCGUUUCUAGAAGCAGGUGGUGUGGUUGGUCGAGACAGAGAGGGAGGGGCUUGUGCUGUUUCUCAAGCUGGUUCUGGUCCCCAAGCUGGUUCUGGUCCCCAAGCUGGUUCUGGUCCCCAAGCUGGUUCUGCCCCUCGGUUGCCGACUAGCUGGUCUGACACGCAGUGUGAUUUUGAGAGAACUCCACACCAAUCUCCCAUGGGGUCUAAGAUGCAGCAGCAGCAGCAGCAGAUGCAGUGGGGUGACAGCAGCACGGGGGAUCUUGGAGAUGGAAUGGUGGAGGGGGGAGGAGCAGGAGGAACGGGAUGGGCGGCGGUAGAAGCAGCAGCAGGGGCAGCAGCAGCAGCAGCAGCGGCAACAGCAACAGGAGGGCGGCCAAAGUCGAGUGGGGGGUGGCGGAGGGGGUGGUCUGGGCCUCAUGGGGUGGCAGGGGUGGGUAAGGGCAUGCACCUGCUGAGUCCACACGGGGGCGAUGCACACAGGCCAGGGCAUUGGGACAGCGCCGCAGCUGCCGCUGCCGCCGCCGCUGCCACUGCUGCUUCUGGGGCUGCUGCUGCUGCUGGUGCUGCUGCUGGUGCUGCUGCUGGUGCUGCUAGCGAUAAUACCACUGCUGCCUGUGGUGCCAAUCCAGGUGGUUCGGCCAGCAGGAGCGGCCGAACGAAGCUAGGAGCAGCAGGGUCGGGGCUGGCAGCAGCAAUGAAAACAUCAGUGAAAACAUCAAUGAAGGUACUCGCCCCCCUUGCACCCACCAAGACCUGGGCGUCAGGCAUGGGCGAUAUGUUUGGGGCCAAGUCCCCCCGUGCCCUCCUCUCCCCACACUCUCUCCUCUCCCCCCGCGGGUUUCUCUCCCCCGGUGGUUUCCGCUCCCCUCGCCCCUCUGGACAAGGGGAGAGGGCGGAUGGGGGAAAAGGGGGGGGUGAGGGGGACAGGGGAUAUGGGGGAGGCAGUGUGAAUACCCCAGGCAGGGGAGAGGGGGCAGGCAGGGUGGAUUUCUUAAGCGGCGAAGAGGGGAAAGGAGGGAGAGAGGAGGGAAGAGAGGAGGACGGGGAGGAGCGGCGAUUCCCGGCCGAACGGGCGUCUCUCGACUUGCCUGUCAAAUCCCCAAGGGCAUUUCGGAAACUAACCCGGAGGUCGAGUGGGUUUCAGCUGCCGACGCGGACGGCAGUAGCAGCAGCCAUGACCCUCCCCUCGUCCCUCUCCAUGAAAGAGCGGCGCUCCGAAUCAUCAGCAGCACCAGCUAUGUUCUCCCUCCCUCCCUCCGCUUCUCUCUCCUCUGCCUCCCCUUCCUCUGCAAGGCCUCCGUGGGGCUCCGGGUCGAUGCAGGAACGGCCUCUGCACCUGCAGCAGCAGCAGCAGCGCCUGGUGCAGGCUCGGCAGCAGGAGGUUCGGCAGCCGGAGGCUCAGCAGUUGGAGGCUCAGCAGUCGGGCGUCUCCCAGGCUCCGCUGGAGGGUCGGAUGCGGCAGGAGGCGGAGGGGAAGGGGGAGGAAGAGGGGAAGGAGGAGGAGUAG